AUGAAAAACAGGACCAUGCUUUCUGAGUUUAUUCUGUUGGGGCUCACGAAUCAGCCUGAACUCCAGGUAGUGAUAUUCAUCUUUCUGUUCCUCACUUACAUGCUAAGCAUCCUGGGAAAUCUGGCUAUUAUCACCCUUACCCUUCUAGACCCCCACCUCCAGACCCCCAUGUAUUUCUUCCUCCGGAAUUUCUCCUUCUUAGAAAUUUCCUUCACAUCCAUUUUUAUUCCCAGAUUUCUGACCAGUAUGACAACAGGUAAUAAAGUCAUCAGCUUUUCUGGCUGCUUGACUCAGUAUUUUUUUGCUAUAUUUCUCGGGGCAACUGAAUUCUACCUGCUGGCAUCCAUGUCCUAUGAUCGCUACGUGGCCAUCUGCAAACCCCUGCACUACCUGACCAUCAUGAGCAGCAGAGUCUGCAUACAACUCGUGUUCUGCUCCUGGCUGGGGGGGUUCCUAGCCAUAUUACCACCCAUCAUCCUGAUGAGCCAGGUAGAUUUCUGUGCCUCCAAUGUGCUGAACCACUAUUACUGUGACUAUGGGCCCCUCAUGGAGCUCGCCUGCUCAGACACCAGCCUCUUAGAACUGCUGGUCAUCCUGUUGGCUGUUGUGACUCUGGUGCUCACUCUGGUGCUCGUGACACUUUCUUACACACACAUCAUCAGGACCAUUCUGAGGCUCCCGUCUGCCCAGCAAAGGACAAAGGCGUUUUCUACCUGCUCCUCCCAUAUGAUUGUCAUCUCCCUCUCUUAUGGCAGCUGCAUGUUUAUGUACAUUAACCCCUCUGCAAAAGAAGGGGGUGCUUUCAACAAAGGAAUAGCCGUCCUCAUUACCUCCAUUACCCCCUUGUUGAACCCUUUCAUUUAUACGCUAAGAAAUCAGCAAGUAAAGCAAGCCUUCAAGGACACUGUCAAAAAGAUGGCUUACCUUUCUCAACUCUAA